AUGGAGCAGAACAUUGCCCUUUCCCUCAACCCGAAUUACAGAACCAACAGAAACCCCCGAAGGGAGAAAAUGGGAAGCAAAACAAUGUCAGAUCGCCAAAAUGCUACCAAAGUUCUCUUCUUCUUGUUCAUCAUCUUCACGAGUUCGACCCCGGCGACGUAUGCCCAGGGGCCCAGUUCGAGCACGUGUGAGGGUGAGGAAGUCUUUCACUUUUUGAUCCCUUGCGGACCAUACGCUACGGGCGCGGCUCCGUUUCCGCCAAGCGAAGAGUGUUGCACAGAAGUGAACGUCUUGGGGAACAUCGUGUCGUAUGAUAGCCCCCAGAUCAGGGUUUUCUGCAGAUGCUACAAGGAGGUUGCGCCUUCCGCAGGGUUCAAGGCUGAGCUAACCCAGAAGGUCAUUACGGAGUGCGAAAACGCAAUCAACCUUCCGUUGGACCCUAAUAUUGAUUGCAACAGGUGA